GAUGGCAAAUGUUGAAAGUUUGAUGAGCGUAAAUAUAAAACGUUUUCUAGAAGAGCACUCCCUGAUCUGGCUUCCACUGAAUCAUUACAGUAAACCUACUUUCUCCAUCUUCAAUGGCGUCAACUGACUCUGAAAUCGUCAAGGAGUUUCGGUUCUUCCGAGUUUACGAGGACAGUCGAGUGCAGUUAACAUUUCCACCCUUCCUCAAGGCCACUGUUCCACCGUCCGAUGAUCCCGUCACCGGCGUCCGAUCAAAAGACGUAACGAUCUCAUCAGAACCUCUUGUAUCCGCCCGUAUAUUUGUCCCCAAACUCACGGACCCUAAACAAAAGUUCCCUCUUUUAUUCUACGUUCACGGCGGUGGCUUCUGUAUGAUGUCCGCCUUUGCUCCAGGUUACCAUGACUUCUGUCGCACCAUUUCAGCCCAAGCUGGGGCCAUUGUUGUUUCUGUGGAGUACGGUCUCUUCCCGGAUCGACCCAUACCCGCUUGUUACGAAGACUCAUGGGUUGCACUCCAGUGGGUGGCCUCCCACGUUGGUGGAAAUGGACCUGAACCUUGGCUGAACGAUCACGUUGAUUUUGGUAAAGUUUUCAUCGGUGGAGACAGUGCUGGAGGAAAUAUCUCGCAUACUUUGGCGUUCCGGGUCGGGUCCAUCGGGUUACCAGGAGUUAAAGUUGUUGGGGUGAUUUUUAUCCAUCCUUAUUUCGGCGGGACUGAAGACGAUGAGAUGUGGCUGUUUAUGAAUCCAAGUAACAGCGGGUUGCAGGAUCCGAGGAUGAAGCCACCCGUAGAGGAUUUGGGAAAGCUCGGGUGUGAGAGAUUGUUGAUAUUUGUGGCGGAGAAAGACCAUUUGUAUACUCCGGGGAAAGAUUAUUAUGAAGAUUUGAAGAAAAGUGAAUGGGGUGGAAAAGUUGAGCUCAUUGAGAAUCAUGGUGAAGAGCACGUCUUCCAUAUGCGUAAUCCCAAAUGUGAAAAAGCGGCGGAAUUGAUGGGUAAGAUUGUUUCAUUUAUCAAAGAAGAUUAGUCUCAAAUUAGUUUGAUAAUUUGUCGGGUUAUCUUCCAGUUUGUUGUGUAAUAAUAACUCAAGUAUGUAUUAUGACUUGUCUACCUGUUUUAGAAUAAAUGGUUCGUCUCCCCUAUAAAUAACAGCUUCGGCCCUAAUUUAAGAUCUUCAA